AUGUCGCUAGUAUUGCUGAGCCUGGCCGCACUGUGCUGCGGGGCCGUGCCUCCGGAGCCGACAAUUCAGUGUGGCUCUGAACCCGGACCGUCUCCAGAGUGGAUGGUCCGACACACCCUGACCCCAGGGGACCUGAGGGACCUCCGAGUGGAGCCUAUUAAAAGCAGUGUUGACCUGGAGGACUCUUCAAUUUUGAUGAACAUAAGCUGGAUACUCCGGGCAGAUGCCAGCAUCCGCUUGUUGAAGGCCACCAAGAUCUGUGUGAUGGGCAAAAGCCACUUCGAGUCCUACAGCUGCGUCAGGUGCAAUUAUACCCAGGCCUUCCAGACUCAGACCAGACCCUCCGGUGGCAAAUGGAUGUUUUCCUACAUUGGUUUUCCUGUCGAACUGAACACAGUCUAUUUCAUUGGGGCCCAUAACAUCCCCAAUGCAAAUAUGAAUGAGGACGGCCCCUCCAUGGCUGUGAACUUCACCUCCCCAGGGUGCCUGAACCCCAUAAUGAAAUAUAAAAAAAAGUGCAUCGAGGCAGGAAGUCUGUGGAAGCCAAACAUCACCGCUUGCAAGAAGAGCGCGAACACAGUGGAAGUGAAUUUUACCACCAGUCCCCUUGGAGACAGAUAUAUGGCGCUCAUCCAAAAUACCACCGUGAUUGGGACUUCCUAUGUGUCAGAGAAGGAACUAACUCGAACUUCCAUGGUGGUUCACGUGACUGGGGAAAGUGAAGGUGCUGUAGUCCAGCUGACUCCGUAUUUCCGUACCUGUGGCAACGACUGCAUUCGACAAAGAGGAACCGUGGUGCGCUGCCCACAAACGGGAGUCUCUUCUCCUCAGGAUCAUGACAGAAGUGUGCUGGGUGGCUGGCUGCCUCUCCUCCUGUCCGCUCUGCUUGUGGCCACAUGGGUGCUGGUGGCUGGCAUCUAUCUGAUCUGGAGGCACGAACGGAUCAAGAAGACUUCCUUCUCAACUGCCACGCUACUGCCCUCUAUUAAGGUUCUUGUGGUUUACCCUUCUGAAAUAUGCUUCCAUCACACAGUUUGUUACUUCACUGAAUUUCUUCAAAACCGCUGCAGAAGUGAAGUUAUCCUUGAAAAGUGGCAGAAAAAGAAAAUAGCUGAGAUGGGUCCCGUGCAGUGGCUUACCACUCAGAAGCAAGCAGCGGAUAAGGUCAUUUUCCUUCUUUCCAAUGAUAACUCCAUGUGUGAUGGUACCUGUGACAAGAACGAGGGCGGCCCCUGUGAGAACUCCCAAGACCUGUUCCACCUCGCCUUUAACCUCUUCUGCAGUGAUCUGAGAAGCCAGGCUCAUCUGCGCAAAUAUGUGGUGGUCUCCUUCAGAGAGGGCGACAUCAAAGACGACUACAGCGCGCUCAGGGCCUGCCCCGCGUACUGCCUCACGCAGGACGCUGCAGACCUCUGCGCGGAGCUCCUCCACGCCAAGCGGCGUGUGCCGGUGGGGAGAAGGCCGCGCGCCUGUCACUACAGCUGCCUCUCCCUGUAG